AUAAUCCUAGUGAUAUUGUUAUUAUUGAUCGAAAUAAUAAUAAUUUGUUUAGAGAAAUCAAAUGGUCUACAGAUCUCGAAAAACCUGACAAGCAAAUUUUAUCAGCUGAUGAUUUUCGUUGUCGUGGAAAUGAUUAUUUUAUAUCUAAUUAUUUUGCAUCAGCAAUCAACGAAUAUUCAAAUGGUAUUGAGCUUGAACCAAAUAACGCUACACUUCUUUCUAAUCGUGCAGAAGCAUAUUUAAGAUUGGGUCGGUUUACAAAUGCUAUUACUGAUCUGGAAAUUACUCUUAACAACGAGAGUAAUCAUCCAAAGGCAAUUUAUCGUAUGGGUAAAGCUCUUUGUGGUCUUAAACGUUAUCAAGAAGCUAUAACUAUGCUUAGAGAUUUCCAUCAAAAAAUUCAAUCAAGUACUGAUAAUUCCACUAUUUCAACUAGGAAAAGUAUUGAGCAAUUGUUGAAGCAUGCAGAAAUGUUGGAUUUGGAAAGUCGAAAUGGACAGUAUAAUUUUAUUAAUAUUGUUGAUGAGUUUUGUGAAAAGUUGAAUGCCUUAACAGUUGUUAAUGACUCUGAGAAAAUUGGACCUAGAUUGGAUCAUGCUGAUUACUUGAGUAAUGAUAUUGAAAUUCGUAAUGUCAAAAAGAAAGGAAGAGGUUGGGUUGCCAAAUGUGAUAUUCCUGAAGGUACUCUUUUGAUGGUCUCAAAAGCAUUUAAAGCGAUAUUUGCAUAUGAAGUUCCUUUUAGUUUUAAUAUUGAUGCUUCAUCAAAGUCUAUGAAUACAGGAACACAAAAUGAAUUAAUAGCUUAUAUUGCUCAGAGGCUUACAGAUGAGCCAGACCUUCGUAAGGAGAUUUAUAAGUUGUAUAGUGGUCCAGAUUUAGCCCCAAUAUCUAAACGUGAUGAGAAUGCAUUGCAUUCAGUAGAUAUCAAUAGGAUUGAAAAGAUUGUUAAAUAUAAUACUUUUUCAUUAUUGAGUUAUGAACAAGUUUCUGAGUAUGUUGAAGGAAUGAGUUUAUUAGAUGUUGAAAAGAACGGGACAGCAUUAUGGAUUUUGCCAUCUUAUUUCAAUCACGCAUGUGUUGAUAACAAUGUUAGUUGGGUAGGUUUUGGCGAUUUGAUGAUUUUAAGGACUUCCCGGCUAGUUUUAAAAGGGGAGGAACUAGUUUUAAGUUAUUGUAGUUCUGAUAGUCCAUACGAAGAACGAUGCAAUACUCUCAAAGAUACAUUUGGUAUAAAUUGUCAAUGUAGACUUUGUAAAUUGGAAGGGUCGGAACCAUCUAAGGUCAAACGUCGGCGAGAUGUCAUUCUUGAAACUUUUACCGAUAUAAAAAGUCAGGUUAGAAUGGUUAUUAAUAAUCCUCAACUUGAUGCUUCUCACAUUAUCCAUCAAUUAGAAAAGAUGAUCGAUGAGUUGCAUGAUUUACGAAAAGAACAUCCGGAAUUAAAUUUUCCUUCAUUUUUGAUUAAAUCUGCUUUGGCGACAAUUGAAGAACCGAAUAAUUUAUCCCAGAAUGCAACAGAGCUGGACGCUCUAUUGAAAGAGGAAUGUUCUCAAAUUCUUUACAAUGUAUUCCAGGAUCUUAUUGACAACAUGCCAAGAAGAAUUAAGACAACACAAUAUUGA